AUGCAGCAAGAAAACCGGCUCAUCUCGCUCGACAUCGACACCACGGUCAGCAGCCAGAGCUUCUUCCAAGCGCGUCGCGCUGCACAGACGGUCUGUUCGGCAGUCGACGAACUUUAUCAAUCUUCGCUCUCGAAUUCCAAAAUUCGGAACGUUUUUUGUGUGGUUCGACCGCCGGGUCAUCACAUUGGAACGGCGGGAGCGGUGAAAAACCCGAACAAUCCGUCGGUUACGCAGGGAUUUUGUUUGUUGAACAAUGUGGCGAUCGCUGCGGCGUAUGCACGAGCGAUGUACGCGAGGUUCGCUCGGAUUGCGAUCGUGGAUUUGGAUAUUCAUCACGGAAAUGGAACGGAGGAUUGUGUGCUGCAUUUGAAUCCGUGCCGAAGCGUAGCGACAUCGAUGAUGGAGAAUAUGGAGAUAAAAAUGGAGAGCGUUCAGUAUAAACCGUGGAAGGAUGAAACGGAUGCGCAGAAUGUGCUCUUUGCAAGUCUUCAUGGAUUUGGAAAAUUGGAGAAAUCCAAUGAUUUCUUCUAUCCUGGAUCGGGAUUGCAUCGAAAUCGAUCGCCUACAAUUAUUGACGCGUCGCUAAGCAAAAAGCAAGCCGCUUAUCCUUACUAUUGGCGUGAACACUUGCGCGAGAACGUGUUUCCGCAGCUCCUCGCGUUCCAUCCCGAUUUAAUCUUCAUCUCCUUCGGUAGUUCCCCGUUUCCCCGAUUACUCUCAGGAUUCGACGGUCACGCGAACGACCGCAUCAACAACGGCUUCGGCGGCCUGACAGAAUUCGACUUCGCCUGGGCGACGCGUGAAAUCGUGGGGAUUGCGAACGAAGUGUGCGAAGGCCGCGUAAUCAGCGUGCUAGAAGGCGGAUAUAACGUUCUGGGCGGAGGCUGCUCGCCGUUCGCGCUGUCGGUGCGAAGCCACGUGGAGGAAUUGACGCGGAAUUUCUAUGAGAAGGGCGAGAAGGAGCGAUGGGAGAAGGAAAGCGAGAUGGAAAGAGAAAGAAUGGAGGAAAGGAUGAAAGAGAAGGGAGAGAGUGUGGAGAGUGUGAAGAUCGAGAGAGUCGAAGAAGAAGAAGAAGAAGAAGAAGAAGAAGAAGAAGAAGCGUUUGAUUUUGGAGAAAUGUCGGAAGAGGAGGAAGAGAAAAUGGAGAAACCGGAGAAACAAUGGGAGGAGGAGAGAGAAGAAUUGAGGAAGGGAAAAGAAGAAACGAAUUUCACCACACUGAAAAUGGAAGAAGAGAACGAGAAUGAAGAGGAUGAAGAGGAUGGAAGUGAAGACUUGGAAAACUACGAAAUGCCCGAAAUCGAAGCAGGCGAAAUGGACAAAAUAGAAGAUCCGCUGGCGAAUGAAGAGCCAGUGGAGGGAAUGCGAAGACGACGCCAUGCAAAGGUUGACUAUGUGGCGUUAGAAGCGCAGCUACAAAAGGAGGAGGAGGAAAUGAGGAAAAAGAAGCAGAAGAUGAAUGAAGAAUGA